AUGGAAAAAUGGAACAAGAUAGCAUUGAUGAAAUGCCUAUGGAAUUUAUGUGUGAAAAGUGAUACACUGUGGGUCAAGUGGAUCAACUUUUACUAUAUGAAAGGGCGGGAUGUUAUGGAGUGUGAGGCUGGUACCAGUUGGUCAUGGGUGAUCAAACAUAUCCUGAAGCAAAAGGACCUUGCUAUCCAACAUCAAUCUAUCUGGACUAAAGCUGAACAAAGGAGGAGUUUCAGUAUGAGAAAUAUGUAUAUUGCCAUGAUGCAAGAGGAACAGGGUGUUGUGUGGAAGGGCCUUGUCCAAGGGAAUCAUGCCAGACCUAGAGCUGUUUUGAUGUUAUGGAUACUAUGCCAUGGCAAGAUUGCAACAAAGGAUCGGUUGUGUCGGUUUGGUAUCAUUACUGACAGAAUUUACAGCCUGUGUAAAGCUGCAGAUGAGACCAUAAGUCAUGUGUUUUUUGAGUGCAGGAUUACCAAUCAAAUCUGGAAAGACGUGAUGGAAUGGCUGCAAAUUAAAAGACAACCAAGGGGUUGGACUGAGGAAAUAAACUGGAUGAUUGAAAAUACGAGAAAGAAGGGCUGGAAAGCAUACUUAUUGAAGAUAGCUUGUGCAGAAAGUGUUUAUGGUAUAUGGCACCAUAGGAACGAGACUGUUUUUUAUAGAAACAAUCCGAAUACUAUUACACAGGAUAUAAUAGAUAGAAUUACUUAUAGGGGAUGGAUGAAUCAGAAUUAUAGGAAACAUGUAGCGGGUUUGAUGACCUAG